UUGCCAUCGAUAAAGACUGUGGGGAUCAUGUCCUUAGUGGGAGCGGGGAUCUUCACCACCGACCUCUUUCUGAAUCGGGAGCACGUAAGCGCUGGAUCGCAAGUGAGGAGAAAUUAUCCGCCCAGCGCGGAAUACCCAGAUUUACGCAAGCACUACAGCCACAUGGCCACUUACCUGACUCCUGACGUCUAUGCCAAACUGUGCCACAAAGUCACACCCAACGGCUUCACUCUGGACCAGGCCAUCCAGACGGGAGUGGACAAUCCCGGGGAGCCCUUGGUAGAAUCUGUGGGCAUGGUGGCUGGGGAUGAGGAGUCAUAUGAGGUGUUUGCUGAUCUCUUUUAUCCGGUCAUUCUGGAAAGGCACAAUGGGUACAACCCACGUACUAUGACUCAACCCACAGACCUGGAUGCCAGCAAGAUCCGGGGAGGACAGUUUGAUGAGCGAUAUGUACUGUCGACCCGGGUUCGAGCGGGCCGCAGCAUCAGGGGGUUCAGCCUGCCCCCAGCAUGCACACGGGCGGAGCGCCGGGAGGUGCAGCGGAUAGUGGCAGAUGCUCUCGCUGGCCUCCAGGGGGAGCUGGAGGGUCACUACUACCACUUAGCAGAGAUGACCGAGCAGGAGAAACAGCAGCUGACUGACGAUCACUUCUUGUUUGGCAAGCCAGCUUCUCCUCUAAUGAUUGCCUGUAGAAUGGCCCGGGAUUGGCCAGAUGCUCGUGGGAUCUGGCACAACAAGCAGAAGACCUUCCUUGUGUGGGUCAAUGAGGAGGACCACACCCGUGUUAUCUCCAUGGAAAAGGGUGGCAACAUGAAGCAAGUGUUUGAGCGAUUCUGCAAGGGACUGAAAGAGGUGGAAAAGCUGAUCAUGGAGAAGGGCUGGGAGUUCAUGUGGAAUGAAAGAGUGGGUUACAUUCUUACCUGUCCAUCAAACCUGGGCACAGGCCUGAGAACCAGCGUCCACAUCACCCUGCCCCACCUCAGCAAGGACCCCCGCUUCCCCAAAAUCCUGGAAAAUUUGCGCUUGCAGAAACGAGGGACUGGGGGAGAGGAUACGGACGUUGUGGACGCGGUCUUUGACAUCUCCAACCUGGACCGACUGGGCCAGUCUGAGGUGCAGCUGGUCCAGAUGAUGAUUGAUGGGGUUAACUACCUGAUUGACUGUGAGAAGAAACUGGAGAAAGGCCAGGACAUCCAUAUCCCUCCUCCAAUCAGCCAGUUCAAAUAG